GGACGCCUUGUUUAUCUUUGAAAAGUCGCGCCACACAAGGAAGCACAGGUGGUGUCGAUGGAUGACGUGUCGAGAUGGACUCGUCGGCUGGUAUGCAAGGGAUUGGAUAUCGACGAUGAGGCAUACAACCGCGUGUUCGAAGAGAACUCGAAGAGUGCGGUCAAGAAACUCCCGACUCGAGAUCUCUUUCGCCAAUUCUUUUCGACCGACACAAGUGCUGGGGCAGUGCUGUUCUUCUUCACGUCCAAGGUUGACGUCGACAUCGAGGUGGAAAUAGAAGAGGAAGUAGAAGUUGCGACGACCUUGAAAGCUGCAGUCGAGGGUGCUCCACUCAAGGCGGAAGGCGAGUCCAGCGAAGGUAGUGGCGACUCGUUGCCAGAGGAACCCCUCCAUGUGGACAACAAUGGCGGCGUCACAGUCGACCAAGACGAACGCGCUUUGAACUUGUCCACGGGGUCAUCGUCGGGGGAUCUCGCGGCGCCAGAGGUGAUGAUGAUGGCUCCGCGCCCCGUCACUCAAAAAAUCACCCGCAAAGUGCUUCAACGGGAAUCGAGGGUCUUGUGCAACGUGAGCUUGAACGUGCUUCCUCCAGACACCCAAGUCCUCGACCGGCCGUGUGUCUUCUUCAUUAAAAGCGGCGACGGCAGCGUGAUGAUCCAGGCGCAGACCGACGGCAGCGACGACGUUGCGACCAAUAUCGAGGUCGGGUGCUCUACGGGGGACCUCCUCACCAACCUUGAAGGCGUCAUCUGCCAUGUGUUUAUUCCCAUCUUGGAUCCAAAAUUGAUUGGUGAAGCCGGGUACGACAACGAGGUCACAAAUACCCACCAAGCGCUCAAGGUGAUUGACGCCGUGCGCAACGAGUUUCGAGGGAAUUUGCUCAAAUUUGCCUCGCAAAUCUCCAACGCGAUGCAACAAAUUCAAGGGGACGUCCAUUUGACCAUUCCAAACGUUUUAAUCGACAAACCCGAUGCGUGUCUGGACGACUACGAGCUUAUCAACACGAUUGAACAAGCACUGGAAGAAUGGUACAAAGUGGUGGCGAUGGUGGUAGACCAAGAAGCCCGGAAAGCACCGAAACGCAAGGGUCCGUUGGCCGAAAUCGAGUUUUGGCGCGAGCGCAACGCCACAUUGAGCACGAUUUUCGAGCAAAUCAACAUGCCAAACGUGCAAAAGAUGCUCGCGCUGCUGGAACUCGUCGAGGCGUCGAUGCUGUCAACAUUUCGGUAUCACUUCUCCGAGCUGAGCAAGCUGUACAUUGAAGCAAAGGACAACGUCAAGUUCCUCACAACGCUCGAGCGGCACUUUAAGAACAUCGCGAGCGGGUCCUUCAGCACCAUUGCCGAUACGCUUCCGUCCAUGAUGAAUGCGAUUCGAAUGGUGUGGAUCAUCUCGCGGCACUACAACACGGACGAGCGCAUGGUGCCGCUCAUGGAACGCAUCGCGUCCGAGAUUGCAGACAAGGUCGCGGUUGAGGUCAACAUCCACACGAUCCUGCGCAAGUCGCCCGAAGCCGCGCUGCACGCGAUCGAAGAAGCCAAAAUGGUGCUCGAGCUGUGGCAUGCCACGUACAUGAAGGUCCGCGAGCGCAUCGAAGCGAGCGGUACAGACCACCGGUGGGAGUUUGACCGCAAACGUUUAUUCGACCAGACCAACUACAUGGCCAAGAUUUGCGAGAACCUCCAGGAAGUGGCCACGGUGCUCGACCAGUUUCACAAAUUCCUCGGCCCCGAGCUCAAGUCUGUCACAGGCGACUCGCAAGGCAUCGAUGAUGUGAUGGCGCGAGUAGAAGGGCUGAUUUCCCCGUUUGAAAACGUCCCGUUUCGUAUCUUUGACCGCGGGUACAAGACGAGCUGGGAAAGCGUGAUGGUGCAAUUCCGAGAAAAAGUGUCCGAGAUCGAAGCCAUGACGCGCAAGUUUAUCGACACGUCGUUCCAAAAGCUGCGCAGUGCCGAAGGUGCGUUCGACUUGCUCCAGAACUUUCAAAACAUCCAAUCCCGCGACAGCAUCAACAAGCAAAUGAUGGAAAAGUACAAGGACAUUCUCAUGCAGUACUCGAAAGAGCUCGAAAAACUCAGCGAACAGUUUGACUUGUACAAGGCCGACCCGCCAAUCUACAAGAACCAUCCGCCUGUGGGCGGCGCCAUUUCGUGGGCACGGGCGCUGUACCACCGCGCCAAGAAGCCCAUCAUGCGAUUUCGAGCGAUGAACGACCUGCUCAAGAGUCCCCACGGCGAAGACGUCAAGGACAAGUACCUCGUGUUUGCUAGGGCUGUCGACGCAUACAUCAAGGGGCUCCAUCACGAGUGGAAGACUCGCGUGCCAUCACUCACGAACGAGUACCUGAAGCAACCCAUCUUGGGGCCAGCGCUGCUCGAAACGACCAAAAUCGAGAACGGCACGCCCGUGAUGAAGUUGCCGCCGCCGCCGUACUUUCCCAACUUUGCGCCCGAGCUGUCGAUGAUUAUCCGCGAAGCCAAGUACAUGGACCGGCUCGGGUUUGACAUCCCCGAAGAAGCGCUCAAUGUGACGCUGCAAGAAGACAAGUACCACCAGAUCGUGCACGAUAUCAAGAUGAUGCUCAAACAGUACGACGCGCUGCUCGAGAGCUUGUCGGCCGUGGAGAUGCACCUGUUGCGAAGCCAAGUCAAGGACCUGGACGAUGUGCUUCGUGUGGGGUUUUACCCACUCAACUGGAACUCGCAGCGCAUCGUGUCGUUUGUCGAGUCUUGCUUGAAAGCACUCAAUCAGUUUAGCAACAUUGUAAGCCAAGUCCACAAGAGCUCGAAAAUGAUCGACGAAGUGGUCGUGGCGAUUGAGCGGACCAUGCUCAUCAAGAUCAGCGACUACGAGGACGGCGUCGUGACCGAAGUAGGCGAGUUCUACGAGCUCAUGGAGCGCAACCGGACGACGCGCAUCGACGAGCUCGUACAACACUACCGGAGCAUUGGUCCGUUGUUGAUCAAGGUGGAAGAAGUCGUGGCGGGGGUCAAUACAGGCACGAGCCCCAAGCUCGCCACGUACUACAUGUACUGGGAACGGCGAAUCUUCAACGCCAUCACCAAGAUGAUUAUCGGGUCCAUGACAACGUUCCAGGCGUUGCUAAAUGUGCACCAAAAAGAUAUAGCCAAAGCCAGCGACCAAAAACUCAAACGGCCGCCGUUGUGCAAGAUCAAAGCCACGAUGAACGGCAAGGACAUUGUCGUGACGCCGUCGCUGUCGGACAUGUACAAGUACCUGAGCAAAUGUGUCAAGCAUAUUGUCGAAAGCGCCAAGUCAUUUGUCAGGUGGAUGCACGGCACGUGCCGGGAAACCGAGCCGCAGCAGAUCAACGAAGACGACGAGCCGGUGCUGUUUACGUUUUACUCUGACAUUUCGCAAAACCCGUACGUGAUCAAGAUGACACUGAGCCUCAACCAAGAAAUCCACAAAGUGUUCAACAUUAUCAACAAGUACCUGGACUCGUGGCGCCGGUACGACACUGUGUACAGCCUCUGGAAUGCCAAGCGCCGGUCCGCGCUCGAUAAGCUGGGCGAGAAAAAGCCCAGUUGUGUCUACUUUGACACGAGGAUGGCGUCGUAUGCGCGGCUCGCCGAGAGCGUGCGCAACCAACCCACGGAGAAAGAGACGGACUUUUUGCAGAUCAACUGUUUGGCCGUGGCCGUGACGAUCGCCAAGCAGUCGGACAAGUGGAAAGACGACUAUGGCAAGAUCUUGCAUGAACUCAGCGCCAAGAAAUUGGCGGCGAUUUCCGCCAAAAUGGACGCGUUCGAACUGGAUUUGCAGAGUGAUCCCCAGGACCUAGCCUCGCUCAAAGCGCUGCUCAAUACAAUCGCGGUGAUCUCGGCGGCUGGCAUGGAAAUGGAGCUCGAGUACACGGACAUUGUCGAGCGGUACCGUACGUUGCAAACGUACGCGAUUGAUUUGCCCGACAACCCGUUGGAAACGGCUCGGGCGUUUGGCUUGGAAAAUCGGUGGCGGGCACUCGUCAUCGCUGGCAAGACCAAGGAUUUGCGCUUACUUCGUGUAAAAGACCAAUUCCGCGUCGUGACCAAGCAAGACACGGUGACGUUUGCGAUGGAAUGCAAAGACAUGCGCAGCGAAUUUUUUGCCAGUGGGCCUGGCGCGACCACCGCCGACUUGGACAAGGGGUUGGACCUCGUCCAGGACUUCAAGAAGCGCCUGGGAGCGUUUAAAAGCCGGCGGCAAGAGCUCGUGAACGCCGAGAACCUGUUUGCACUGCCCCUCUCGGCGUACCCUGAACUUCAGGAAAUCACCGAAGCGCUAGAGAAACAAGAGACAGUGUAUGCCCUGUAUACGGAGCAAAAGGACUUUAUUUCGGCCAUGGCGUCUGUGCUGUGGGUCGAGUUGGACGUUGGGUUUAUGACCAAAGGCAUUGAUGAGCUCGAGAAAAAGUGCCGUAAGUUUCCCAAAGACUUGCGCGCUAUGUCGACGUUUUUAGAAGUCGAAAAGCAAAUCCUGGCGUUCAAAGAAAGCAUCCCGUUGAUUGCGUCGCUCAAGAACGACGCGAUGAAGCCGCGUCAUUGGGAAGACCUCAUGGGUGUAACCAAGGUCAAGUUUGACAUGAACGUGAAAACAUUCACGCUGACCAACUUGUUUGCGAUGCAACUGCACCGGUUCAGCGGCGAGAUUGCCGAAAUCGUCAAUGCUGCCAUGCAAGAGACCAAAAUCGAACAAGAACUGUCCAAGAUCGAAGACGUGUGGGCAAAAGCAGCGUUUGAAGUUGCCAAGUACAAGAAGAACGGUACCGACCGCGGCUGGGUCCUCCGAACCGCGGACGAACUCAAGUUGACGCUGGAAGAUCACAUGCUGAACCUUCAAACGAUGAGCGGGUCGCGGUUCAUCACAAGCUUUACCGACCGAGUGCGCAAAUGGGAAAAGAAGCUCAACAUUGUCAACGAAUGUAUCGACGUGUGGUUUGUCGUCCAGCGCAAGUGGAUGUACUUGGAGAGCAUUUUCAUUGGCGCCGAGGACAUUCGGCUGCAAUUGCCCGAAGAAGCCAAAAAGUUUGAUGCGAUAGACAAGGCGUGGAAAACCAUCAUGGCCGCUACGUACAAGAACGCGAUCGCCGUCGACGCAUGCACGUCUGACAACCGCACCGAGACCCUCCAAAGUCUCAGCGAACGCCUCGACAAGUGCCAAAAGAGCCUGAGUGACUACCUGGAUACGAAGCGCAACUCGUUUCCCCGGUUUUUCUUCAUCUCAGACGACGAACUGCUCAGCGUCCUUGGGAGCUCGGACCCUACGUCGAUUCAAGUGCACAUGCUCAAGCUGUUUGACAAUGUCAAGGUGCUCACGUUUGUGCGAAAUAACCGCCAAGUGUCGGCUAUGGAAAGCUCCGAGGGCGAGGGGUUUGCAUUCCGCACGCCGUCCGUGGUCGAAGGACCUGUGGAAGCGUGGAUGACUGGCGUCGAAGACGAAAUGAAGGUGACGCUUCAAGUGAUUGCCAAGGAAGGCGUGUUUCAUUAUGCGCGAACGCCGCGGACGCAGUGGCUGAGCGACGUGCUGGGGAUGGUGGGGUUGGUGGGUAGCCAAAUCUGGUGGACGUGGGAGGUCGAAGACGUGUUUCACCGUGUGGCGGGGGGCAACAAGUAUGCGAUGAAAGAGCUCGAGAUCAAACUCACCCACCAGCUCAACGAACUCGUACGCCAAGUGCGCGAACCUCUUAUCAAAACUACCCGCAAAAAAGUCAACACGCUGCUCAUUAUUGACGUGCACGCACGCGAUAUUGUCGACUCGUUUGUGCGCGACUCGAUCUUGCAUGAAAAAGAGUUUGCGUGGGAGUCGCAGCUUCGGUUUUACUGGGAUAAGGACGUCGACGACGUCGUGAUUCGGCAAUGCACGGGCGCGUUUCGGUACGGGUACGAGUACAUGGGGCUAAACGGCCGACUGGUCAUCACGCCGCUCACCGACCGAUGCUACAUGACGCUGUCUCAAGCGCUCACGUUCAAGCUGGGCGGGUCGCCCGCAGGACCAGCAGGCACGGGUAAGACAGAAACGGUGAAAGAUUUGGCCAAGUCGCUGGCGCUGCCUUGUUAUGUCAUCAACUGCGGCGAAGGCCUCGACUAUAAAGCGAUGGGAAGCAUCUUUUCCGGACUCGUCCAAGUCGGUGCGUGGGGGUGCUUUGACGAGUUCAACCGGAUCAACAUUGAAGUGCUGUCGGUCGUGUCGGCCCAGCUCCGCGCGAUUCAAAAUGCACUCAACUACGACAAACCAACAGUGGACAUUGGGUUUGGCACGGAAAUCUCGAUCCAUCGGACGGCAGGGUUUGCCACGUGUGGAUUUUUCAUCACGAUGAACCCGGGGUACGCCGGCCGCACCGAGUUACCAGACAACCUCAAAGCGCUGUUUCGACCUGUGACGAUGAUCGUCCCAGACUUGCUCAUGAUUUGCCAAAUCAUGUUGUUCAGCGAGGGCUUUGAAAACGCCGUCGCAUUGGCGAAAAAGAUGACUGUGCUAUACAAGCUGUCCCGCGAACAGCUGAGCAAACAGUAUCACUACGACUUUGGUUUGCGCGCGCUCAAGAGUGUACUCGUGAUGGCAGGAUCAUUGAAGCGCGAGUACAGCACCAUGAGCGAAGACUUGGUGCUCAUGCGGGCGUUGCGGGACAGCAAUAUGCCGAAAUUUGUGUUUGAAGAUGUGCCGCUCUUCCACGGGUUGAUUAACGACUUGUUCCCGGGCCUAGACUGCCCCCGUGUGGGGUACGCCGCCCUCAAGGACGCGAUCGACGCCGAUUUGGAGGCUGGCGACUACAAGUCGCAGGACGCCGCCGUGUGCCAGGACCAGACGGACAAGAUCAUCCAAAUGUACGAAACGAUGCUGGUUCGACACACGACCAUGAUCGUAGGGCCAACUGGAGGCGGCAAAUCGCUCGUGCUGCAGACGUUGGCGAAUGCGUCCAAGGUUGCCCUGGACGAACUCGUUAAGAUGUUUGUGCUGAAUCCAAAAGCGCAAUCUGUCGCAGAAUUGUACGGGACGAUGGACCCUGUGACACGGGACUGGACGGACGGCGUGCUAUCCAAGCUAUUUCGAGAGCUCAAUCAACCUCUGCCCCCAGGCAAAGAGAACGAGAAGCGGUGGCUCAUCUACGACGGCGACGUGGACGCUGUGUGGGUGGAAAACAUGAACUCGGUCAUGGACGACAACAAGCUGCUCACGCUGCCCAACGGCGAGCGCAUCCGCCUCCAGUCGCAUUGCAGCAUGAUCUGCGAAACAUUUGACUUGCAAUAUGCAUCACCAGCGACCAUCAGUCGAUGUGGUAUGGUGUGGGUCGAUCCAAAGAACUUGGGGUACCGUCCGCACUUUGAACGAUGGCUCAAGAGACGGAACAACAAGGGCGACGAGAAGCAAAUCCUCGCGGAAUUGUUUGAUCAUUACGUGCCAAAGUGCGUCGACUAUGUGCUCGAAGGGAUGGUGGGCAAGGAAGUGGUGGGAAAGCUCACCCAAGUGAUCCCGAUCUCCAACAUGGAAAUGUGCAAACAGCUGUGCAACGCCAUCGACAGCUACCUCCCGUCGUCGUCGGGCAGCGACGUGGCGCUGGAACGAACUGAUUUGGAGGGAUUGUUUGUGUUUUGCAUGGUGUGGUCCCUUGGGGCAGCACUAGUUGACGCCAGCCGCAAACGCUUUGACGAGUUUGUGAAAACGAUAGCCCAGUCCAACUUGCCCACGCAAAGUCUGUACGAGUGUCUAUACAACCACGAAACGCACAAGUGGCAGACAUGGGACUCCAAAGUACCCGCGUACGCCGAGCCCGCGCCGUUCAACUUUAGCAAUAUCCUCGUCCCUACCACCGACUCGGUGCUGUACUCGUACAUCCUCCACGCCUGCACCAAGGCGGACGGCCGGCCGAUUCUGUUUGUCGGCGAAAGUGGCACAGCCAAAACCGUCACGAUCCAAAACUACCUCAAGGAACUGGACCCGCAAACGAUGAACUCGCUCGCUAUCAACUUUUCUAGCCGAACAAGCUCCACAGACGUCCUCACCAACAUCCAAGCCAAUGUCGACAAGCGCACGGGGAAGAUCUACGGUCCCCCGGCUGGCAAGAAGCUGGCCGUCUUCAUCGACGAUAUGAACAUGCCCAAGGUCGAUUUGUACGGCACACAGCAACCCAUUGCGCUCUUGCAUUUUGUUGUGAGCAAGGGCUGUAUGUACGACCGAGGGAAGGAAUUGGAUUUGCGCAUUUUGAAGGACUUGCAGUACAUCGGCGCCAUGGGUCCUCCCGGCGGCGGUCGCAACCAGGUGGAUCCGCGGUUUGUGGCGCUGUUUAACGUGUAUAACCUAACGCCCCCGACGAAAGACGUACUCCGAAACAUCUACGGAUCGAUUUUGACCACAUACUUGCGGAAUUUCACGCCCACGGUGAAAGACGCGGGCGCAAAACUCACCGACAUGCUGCUGCGUCUGUUUGACGUGAUUGUGGAAAAGCUGCCACCGACACCAUCCAAAUUCCACUACAUUUUCAACUUGCGCGACCUUGGACGAGUAUGCGAAGGUGUGUGCAUGGCCACAACCGACAAGUACGACACGCCUUCGAAACUCGUGCGAUUGUGGCGCAACGAAGUGCUUCGAAUCUUCAGCGAUCGGUUGACAGGAACGGCCGACAUUGCCACCGUCGACGCUGCACUGAGCACCCUCGUGAAGGAUACGUUUCCGGCAGAGGCGGACGCGGUGCUAGUAAACCCGUCCAUCUACGGCGACUAUAUGGACUGCCGCAAUCGGCUCACAAGCGCCGGCGAAGACUUGCGGCUGUAUCAAGACAUGGACUCGUAUAAGCGCAUUCGGUCCAUCUUUGACGAAGUGUUGGAAACGUACAACUUGGAUAACAAACCCAUGACGCUCGUGCUGUUUGAAAUGGCUUUGGAGCAUCUCAGCCGCAUCCUUCGCAUCAUACGCAACCCCCUUGGUCACGCCUUGUUGAUUGGCGUCGGGGGUAGCGGCAAGCAGAGUCUGUCACGACUGGCGACGUUUACCGCCGGGUACGACUUGUUUGAGAUCUUCUUGACGAGAGGGUAUGGCGAGGCCGAGUUUCGCGAGAAUCUCAAGGAUUUGUACCGCAAACUGGGCAAAACGCCCGUCGUGUUUCUCUUCACGGACGCCCAUGCGGUCGAAGAAGGGUUCCUCGAGUUUAUCAACAAUAUGCUCACAACGGGGAUGGUGCCGGCAUUGUUUGAGCAAGAUGAAAAGGAUCAACUCGGCGCGUCCAUCCGCCACGAAGUCAAAGCCGCGGGCCUCGUCGAGUCAAGCGACAACUGCUGGAAGUUUUACGUCCAACGGUGUCGCCAGCAUUUGCACGUGAUAUUGGCCAUGUCCCCGUCCGGCAACACGUUACGUGUACGCUGUCGUAACUUUCCAGGUCUGGUGUCGGCGUGUGUGAUCGACUGGUUCUUUGCGUGGCCAGAAGACGCGCUUCGGAACGUUGCGAGCUACUUUCUCAUGGACGAGAAAAUUCCCGAUGAAUUCCGACCUCAAGUCGUGAAUCAUUUGGUCCAUGCACAUCUGCGUGUGGUGACGGUGGCCCAUCGGUUUGAAUUGGAGCUCCGACGGCAUUACUACGUCACGCCCAAGAACUACUUGGACUUUAUCUCCAACUACCGACAACAGCUCAAAGAAAACAAUAACACUGUGAACGCCAGUAUUGCCCGGCUCAAGGGAGGCCUUACGAAACUCGUCGAAGCUAGCUUGGCGGUGGACCGCAUGCAAAUCGAAUUGAGCGAAAAGAAGAUCAUUGUCGACGAAAAGACAGUGUCGUGUGAAGCCCUGAUCAAAAACAUCGAGGAAAAGUCCACCGUGGCUACGAAACAGCAAGAGGUGGCCGCGGUGACGCAGAUUGAGUGCGAAAAGGCCACGGUGAUCAUCAAUAAGGAGAAAGAAGAAGCCGAUGCGGCCUUGUUAGAAGCGUUGCCGGCGGUUGAAGCCGCCGCCCAAGCGCUGCAAGACCUGUCCAAGUCGGAUCUCACGGAAAUCAAAUCGUUUGCGUCGCCGCCAGCCCUUGUCAUGUCCGUGUGCAUGUGCGUGUUGAUCUUGAAACCAACCGGACAAGAACUCGACAUGGACUGGAAAGGCGCCAAGGUCAUGCUGGGCAACCCAAACUUGCUUGGGUUGAUGAAAGAGUACGAAAAGGACAAAAUUACCCCCAAAAUGGUGUCCAAGAUCAAAACGUUCUUCAAAAACCCUGACUUGAACAUUGACAACAUGAAGUCCAUAUCGAAGGCGGGCACGGGGCUCUUGGUGUGGGUCGUAGCGAUCGUCAAGUACUACGACGUGGCACGCAACGUAGAGCCGCUCAAACUCAAAGUCAAAACGAUGGAAAAGGAGCAAGCGGUGAAGGAACAGGAGCUCCUGGAACUCAAAGACACGUUGGAACGUCUCAAUAAGGACUUGGGCGAGCUCAGCACCGCGUUCGAAGCCGCCAACACGGAGCUGCAGGCGCUCAAAGCGCAAGCCGACCAAAUGCAAAAACGCCUAAGUGCCGCGAGUAAACUCUUAGCAGGCCUCGCCAGUGAAAAGUCUCGGUGGACCAAGGACAUUGAAAGCCUCAACGAACAAGGCGGCCAGUUGAUUGGCGACUGCCUCCUUACGGCGUCGUUCCUGAGUUAUACGGGCGCGUUCAGCUUUGAUUACCGGUUCGAGCUAAUCUACAAGGACUUUUUCAGCGACAUCACGACGCGCAAGUUGCCAUUAACGGACCCGUUCAAGCUUGAAAGUUCCCUAACCAACGACGCAACCGUUCAGAAAUGGGUCGCGGAGGGGCUGCCGGCGGACGAACACUCGGUCCAGAACGGCAUCUUGACGACGAAAUCGUCGCGGUUUCCGCUGUGCAUUGACCCGCAGCAGCAAGCCGUGAGCUGGAUCAAACGGCGCGAAGAGAAGAACAACCUGACCGUGAAAACGCUCAACGACGGCGACUUUAUGAAGCACUUGGAGCUGGCGAUUCAGUUUGGCAACCCGUUCUUGUUUGAAAGUGUGGACGAAGAACUAGACCCGAUCUUGGACCCGGUGCUCGAGAAAAGCACAUUCAUGGAAGGCACGCAACGCCUAAUCAAGCUCGGCGACAAGAACGUCGAGUGGGACGCCAACUUUCGGCUGUACUUUACGUCCAAGCUGGCGAAUCCGCACUACUCGCCCGAAGUGAUGGGUAAAACCAUGAUCAUCAACUACAGCGUGACGCAGGGCGGGCUGGCGAACCAGCUACUGAACGUGGUGGUGGCGCACGAACGGCCAGAUUUAGAAGAACAGUACCGCGAUUUGGUGCGGGACAUGAGUGAAAACACGCAAAUGAUCGUCGAGUUGGAAGACAUGUUGCUGCACGAACUGUCCACGUCGUCGGGCAACAUUCUCGACAACGAAGAAUUGAUUGCCACGUUGGACGAAACCAAAAACAAAGCCACUGAGAUCGGGUCGAAAUUAGAACAAUCCAAGUUUACCAAGGACGAAAUCACCAAAGCGCGCGCCGUGUACACACCCGUGGCGUUGCGCGGGUCGAUCAUGUACUUUGCCAUGUCGUCGCUGAGCACGAUCAUGAAAAUGUACGAGAUCUCGCUCACGAGCUUUCUCACCGUGUUUCACUCGGCCCUGGACAACGCCAAGCGCGACGUCGUGCUCGAAAAGCGGCUGCGAUUUAUGAUCCAAAGCAUCACGGAAAUGAUGUACGACUACACGUGCACGGGGAUCUUUGAGCGCCACAAGCUCAUGUUGUCAUUCCAAAUGACGUGCAUGAUCAUGGCGAGUGCAGGCGACUUGAACCGCCCGGAGCUCGACUUUUUCCUCAAGGGGGACACAUCCCUUGAAAGCGCGUCCGUGGCGAGGCCAGACGACUGCCACUGGAUUUCCACGGCGGGAUGGAAGGAUCUGCUAUGUCUGAGCAAGAUGCCCGGGCCGCUGGAACACUUUGUCAACGAAGUCACGUCCAAGCAACUCGACUGGCAACGUUGGUACGCGCUGGAAGCCCCGGAAACGAGCCCGUUCCCGUCCGAGUACAACCUCAAGCUGACGCCGCUGCAGCAACUGCUCUUGUAUCGGUGUUUCCGCCAAGACCGCGUGUACAAUGCCAUGAAGUUGUUUGUGAUUAGUGUCCUGGGUGAAAAAUAUGUCCAGCCGCCCGUGUUGGACUACUCUCGAAUCUACGCCCAGAGCGCCCCUACCGCCCCCAUCGUGUGCAUUCUAAGUCCAGGAGCCGACCCUCAAAGCGACAUUCAAACCCUUGGGGAGGCCACGGGGUUUUCUGGUCAUCGGUUCAAGUUUCUAGCGUUGGGACAAGGCCAAGGACCCCUCGCCGAGCAAAUGCUCGAAGCCGGGUACACAAGAGGCCAUUGGGUGCUUCUGCAGAACUGCCACUUGCUCGCGAGUUGGCUCCGCACCCUGGAAAAGACGCUCUUGGCCAUGCAUAAACCGCACAAGGACUUUCGCUUGUGGCUCACAACAGAGCCCACAGACCGGUUUCCCCUCGGUAUAUUGCAGCGGUCGCUCAAAGUUGUCACCGAACCCCCCGACGGGUUGAAGCAAAACAUGCGCAGUUUGUACAGCAAAUUGGACCAGUCCAUGCUGGACGAAUGCCCGCACCCGUCGUUCAAGCAAGUGGUGUUUGUGCUGUGCUUUCUGCACGCGGUCGUGCUCGAGCGCCGCAAGUAUGGCAAGAUCGGGUGGAACGUCAGCUACGACUUUAACGAGUCGGAUUUUAACAUUAGCCGCAAACUGCUGUCGCUGUACUUGCACAAGGCGUACGUGGACGGCGACGAAGUGCUGCCGUGGGGGUCGCUCAAGUACUUGAUUGGCGACGCCAUGUACGGAGGCCGCGUGUCUGACGAUUACGACCGACGGGUGCUCACCACGUACUUGUCCGAGUACAUGGGCGACUUUCUCUUUGAUCCAUGCCAGCCGUUCUUCUUUAGUCGAUCUGGAUAUGAUUACUGCCUGCCGUUGGGGGACGGUCCGCUGGAAACGUACGUGCAGAUGGUCGAGUUGCUGCCGUUGACCAACUCGCCGGCGGUGUUUGGGCUCCACCCAAACGCCGAAAUCGGGUAUUACACGAACAUGACCAAGAGCGUAUGGCGGGACCUCAUCUCCCUCCAGCCCCGGAGUGCCGGCAGUGGCGGCGGUAUCUCCCGUGAAGAUUACAUCACAAACAUUGCCACGGACAUUGAAACCAAGGUCCCGGAACCGAUCGACGUGGCGUUGAUUCGAAAACGGUUUGGCGUGCCGAGUCCAACCCAAGUCGUGCUGCUCCAAGAGCUCGAUCGAUGGAAUGUGCUUACGGCCAAGAUGGCCGUGUCGUUGGGCGACCUCCAGAAGGCGUUGAUUGGGGAAAUCGGCAUGAGUGACGAGCUGGAUGCCGUGGGGUCGGCUUUGUUUGAUGGGUUUUUACCCAACAUGUGGCGAAGUUUGUGCCCCAAGACGGAAAAACCGCUGGGCAGUUGGAUGGUGCACUUUAUGUCACGAUUUAGGCAAUACAUGGACUGGAUCGACAAGGGGGACCCGACCGUGAUGUGGCUGUCUGGACUGGGGAUUCCCGAAUCGUAUUUAACUGCCCUCGUUCAAACUACGUGUCGCUUGAAGAACUGGCCCCUCGACAAGUCGACGCUGUACACAACUGUGACACAGUACCGCCAACCCAGCGAAAUCAAAUCCAAACUCGAAAGCGGCUGCUACGUGAGCGGACUGCAUUUGGAAGGCGCGUCGUGGGACAUCGCUCACAGUUGCUUGUGCCAGCAACUGCCCAAACAACUCGUAGAAGAAUUGCCGAUCCUGCAGGUCAUUCCCAUCGAAGCGAACCGCCUCAAGCUGCAAAACACGUUCCGCACGCCAGUGUAUGUGACACAGUCAAGACGGAAUGCCAUGGGCGUGGGCCUUGUAUUUGAAGCCGACUUGGCAUCCACCGAGCACAUGAGUCACUGGGUGCUGCAAGGAGUCGCGCUCUGUCUCAACACGGACUCGUAAAACUAGCUGUAAAUGUAAAAAUGAACUAGAUGUUCGUGUUUUAUGGUUGUAUUCGGA